AUGUGCAUGUUUUACUUAUCCUUUUCUCCCACCCUGGCAGAUGGGAGGCAUGGAGGACAGCACUCUUAUGCUCUGGAGGUAUUUCCUCAUGACCCGGUGAUCGUGACUGCUGUCUUUGAGGUGGACCCCAUCGCUGGCCAAGAAUUUCAUUUCUGGAUCCCAGAAGUCGUGAUGGUGCCAGAACAAAAUGUUGCUGAGUGCGCCGUGAUGUGUCAAAGGGAGUGCGUCUUCUUUGGUUUUAACUCGCAAACGAAGAAAUGUCGUACCCACAAGAAAAGUCUAACGUCUGAGCUGUCUGCGGAGGCCGGAUGGAGAUACUACUUGGAUGACUUUCUCCCUAGAGAUUGUAAGGAUCUUCACGAGGACGGACAAAACAUUACAGGGGUGCAUGAUAUAUACCCCUACAGUACCUUAACCAUCCCAGUCACUGUCUACUGCGACAUGACGACAAUGGGCGCGGGAUGGACGGUAAUUCAGAAACGCAUAGACGGAUCCGUGAUCUUUGACAAGAACUGGACAGAAUACAAAAAUGGUUUUGGUUCACCAGAACAGAAUGUCUGGGUUGGGAAUGACGUAAUACAUCAAUUAACCAAAGAAAACUCCUCUCUUUAUGUUUCCAUCACUCUCCAGAAUGGCACAACGCUUUAUGAAAUGUACGACGGAUUCUCUGUCUCCAAUGAAACAGAGAAAUAUCAACUCUUUCUUGCAGGACCUGCCACGGGAACAUUAGGUGACGCUAUAUAA